AGCCUUCAAAACCACAUGCGCCUGGCUCUCGCUCCCUUUCUGCUCUCGGGCGCACACACGCACAUUGUGACCAGAGAUGCGCAUCACGGCCACACACGCGGAUGCCGUCGCUCUCCAUCGCCCCCUGACAACGCUCGCGAGCCGCUUGUGAGCGUCAUGGCCCGCCGCGACACACUUUCGGUGCGCCGGGAGAAGCCCUGCGCGGCGUGGGGAGCCGCGCUGCCGAGCGGCUGAACAACAACAGACUUAUCCACCCGUCAUCCACUUCUCGUUCUCCUUUUGGAAGCGAUCCUCUCCCCCGGCCGCCUGCAAGCUCCGCUUCGGCUUGGAGAGAUGAUCACGGAGCUGUUAUGCACCGCCGUGGCCGUGGGGGUGUACGUGAACACGCUGGACGCGGACUUCUGCUAUGAUGACAGCCGAGCCAUCAAGACCAAUCAGGAUCUUCUCCCAGUGACCCCGUGGACCAACAUCCUGUAUGACGACUUCUGGGGUACCCUGCUCACCCACAGCGGCAGCCACAAGUCCUUCCGUCCUCUUUGCACCCUCACCUUCCGCCUCAACUAUGCCCUGCACGGCCUGCGGCCUUUUGGCUACCACCUGGUCAACGUAGCGCUUCACGGGCUUGUAACGGCCGCCUUCACCGCCUUCAGUCGCCCGUUAUUGGGCGGAGGACUUUGGAGUCUGCUAGCCGGCUUGCUCUUCGCCUCUCUCCCGGUGCACACGGAGGCGGUCGCCGGCGUGGUCGGGAGGGCGGACGUCGGCGCGGCUUUGUUUUUCCUGCUGUCUCUUCUCUGCUAUGCGAGACACUGCGGGCUGCGGGCGGCGCGAUGCUGCAGCGCGGGCGGCUCGGUGGCACGCUGCUGGAUGUGGAUGGUGGGCAGCUUGUGGUGUGCAGCGGCGAGCAUGCUUUGGAAGGAGCAGGGGGUGACGGUGCUGGCGGUGUCGGCCGUCUACGACCUCUUCGUCUUCAAUCGACUCACAUUCCGCCAGGCGCUCCUGCUCCCGCUUGGAAAGAAGAAGAACCUGAAACUUUUGCCGAGUCUCGCUGUUCUGGCUACCUGGGGCAUCAUUCUGCUGUCAGGCCGCAUCUACUGGAUGGGUAACAAGCCUCCCAACUUUUCAAACUCGGACAACCCGGCGGCCGACUCGCCGCAUCUCUUCACCCGGACGCUGACCUUCCUCCACCUGCCCGCCGCCAAUGCUUGGUUGCUACUUUGCCCCGACAAGCUGAGUUUCGACUGGUCCAUGGACGCGGUGCCCUUAGUGAAGUCCUUAGCUGACUGGCGGAAUCUUCAUACGCUUGCCUUUUAUGGAGGAGUCAUUCUCCUGACUUGGUUUGGGUUUCACGGCCCUACCUCAAAAGGAAAAGAUGCAGAGAGCAAAAUAACAAAUGGAAAAUCGGUCACCAAUGGGAAUGGUUACCAUGCACCUGACACGAACCACAACACAGAUUUGGGGCCACCAACGAUCACCGUGAACGGUUCAGCCGGACUCCACGACGACCCUCCUUGGAUGUCCCUGCCCCCCACAGAAAACCUUGCAAUACUCUCAUUGGCCUUACUAGCACUACCUUUCAUCCCUGCGUCCAAUCUCUUCUUUUAUGUCGGUUUUGUCAUUGCCGAGAGGGUACUCUAUAUUCCCAGCAUAGGCUUCUGCUUACUAGUAGCCACUGGCGCAAGAAGCUUGUACGUCAGACUAAGAAGAAGAAGCUACAGGGCCUUGCUGUUGAGUCUGUGUUUGGUGCUGGUGCUGCUAAACGGACUUAGAACAAUUCAAAGGAAUAGGGACUGGAGCAAUGAGGAGAAUCUGUACAAGUCAGGAAUUAGUGUGAACCCUGCAAAAGCCUGGGGCAAUUUAGGAAAUGUUCUGAAAAGCCAAGGCAAGAUGGCGGAGGCGGAGAAAGCAUACAGAAAUGCUUUGCACAACAGGGGGAACAUGGCGGACAUGCUGUAUAACCUGGGUUUGCUGCUGCAAGAAAACGAGAGAUUUACAGAGGCGCUUCAUUACUACAAACUGGCUAUUGGGAGUCGGCCAACGCUAGCAUCCGCCUACCUAAACACAGGAAUCAUCCUGAUGAACCAGGGCAGCCUGGAAGAGGCCAAACGGACUUUCGUGACAUGCGCCAACAUUCCAGACGAGAAUCUGAAGGAUCCCCACACCCACAAGAGCUCAGUCACCAGUUGCCUGUAUAACCUGGGAAAACUUCUGCACGAGCAGGGCCAACAGGAGGAGGCCCUUUCCAUUUACAAGCAGGCAGUGCAGAGGAUGCCCAGACACUUUGCACCGCACAGCCUUUUUAACAUGAUGGGAGAGGCCUACAUGAGGCUGAAUAAACUGGAGGAGGCAGGUCACUGGUACAAGGAGUCCCUCAGGGUCAAGCCGGACCAUAUACCGGCUCAUCUUACUUACGGAAAACUGCUGUCCAUCAUAGGACGAAAUACAGACGCAGAAAAGUACUACCUUAGAGCCAUUGAGCUGGACCCCAUGAAAGGAAACUGCUACAUGCACUAUGGUCAGUUCCUGCUGGAGCAGUCGCGACUCGUCGAGGCAGCUAAGAUGGCGGAAAGGGCGGCUGAGUUGGAAGGCACGGAGUUCGACGUGGUUUUCAGCGCGGCUCACAUGCUCAGGCAGGCCGGUCUAAAUGAGGCGGCAGAGAAGCAGUACCAACGUGCAGCCGGUCUCCGACCAGACUACCCGGCGGCACUCAUGAACCUGGGCGCCAUCCUCCACCUGAACGGAAAGCUGACCGAGGCCGAGGCUAACUACCUACGGGCGCUGCGCCUCAAGCCCGACGACGCCAUCACACGCUCGAACCUGCGCAAGCUUUGGAACAUCAUGGAGCGGCAGGGGCUCGCCACUAGGACGGAGCAACUUUGGACUUAAAUAAGCAGGCCAAGGCAGAUUUACGAGGUGCUGAAAUGAACUUUGAGGCGACUUUUCUUAUUCAUUUGGAAAAAACACAAUUCUUCAACUGAACUGAAAGAUACGGAGGCCGUCGUCUCUUAAGAUUUGUGUAAAAAAAAAACUCCAACAUGUGGUGCCAAAGCUUGUACGCCUUUUGUGGCUGGCAAAUACGCCGGCCAAAAAACUAUUUUCACGUUUCUUGUGUGGUCAUUUGUUAAUUUAUUAAUAUUGUUUUGUGGUGAAAGCCAAUGAAAUCAUUGGUUGCUUACAUUGUGUCGCACUGCUAUGAUGUCGCAAGAACGCCCCCCCCCACAAGAGCUGGACGAAAGUGAAUUUACCAAGAACUAUUAGGGCCACAGUGAAAAGGAAAAAUUAACUAGUGAUGUUAUGAGAAUAAAGUUACAUUUAUUUGGGACAAAAAUAAAUCAUAAUCUUGCAAAAAUAGUCAGAUUUACUAAAUAUAUAUGUAUUUUCUAGAAAUUAAAACACCUUUUUUUUCAUCCUAAUAUUCAGACUUUCCUAAAA